AGCGCAAUUAUUUUUAUACGAGAGAAAACAAUUUUAGUGGCUUCUUAUAAAGACAUCUACGAAAAAAAAUUAGAUACACCGCAGCCAUGUUACUGGCAGCAGGAAUUAUCGCCAGUUGCUUCGUUUUCUGUCACGCUGCUACGCAAUCAGGAUGCACGUUGACAAUUCAAAGAAACGACGCCGAAAAGUACGUUCCUGUAUUGCUAAAUAACAGAUCGCACGUUUACAAUCUCACAGUACCGGAACAAGGAGAAAUUCGCUUGAGACGAGGCCAAGGCAUCACGUUUUUGUGUCCGGAGAAAAACUAUUUAGUACCCACUCAUUCGAACUCAACUUACGCCACAUGCCUACACGGAACGAAGCUGAGCAUAUCCAGAACAGAGUACGACUUUUCGGAGAUCCUCUGCCACAAACCGAUAAGAGGAGAAAUCCAAAAAACCCGCGAGAGUUGCGGCAACGGACGCGGUACCAUCACCAACAUCGGUUACACAGUCACUCCCAGGUACUUCAAGACGCUCAUCAAAGUGUGCUACGACGAAGCUCGAGGAGCUAACUUGUAUUCCCAGCACAUCAUACACGGAGAAGAAGUCGCCUACACCUCGAAGUUUAGAGAACGUCCAGGAUUUAGCACCGCCGGUCUACCGAAAGGAGUAUCGGCGAAUGUAGCCUACAAACGAGCCUAUCAAAAAUCCACGUUCAGCAGCCUACUAGGCAGUUCAGGAUUAGCCGAGCGUUAUAUAAAUAAAAAAUCCUUUUUAUCGCGAGGACACUUAGCACCCGACGCGGAUUUCUUAUUCGCCAGCUCGCAACUCACGUCGUACUUCUACAUCAACACUUGCCCGCAAUGGCAAAGCAUCAACGGUGGUAAUUGGGUGAAGGUGGAAAGCUCUGUGAGAGAAGCUGCGAGUAAAUACGGGCGCAGAUUCACCAUCAUCACCGGUACUCACGGUGUCCUGGAGUUGCCCGAUUCGAGCGGGCGCCCCGUUGAAGUCUACCUGGUAUCGAGGAGGAAAUUGCCAGUACCGAAGUUCGUUUGGAAGAUUAUCUACGAUGAUUUUAGCGGAAAAGCGAUCGCUAUUGUUAGUUUGAAUAAUCCGUUUGUUGAUAGUUAUGAAGAUGCGGUUUUGUGCAAUGAUAUUUGCGAUAGAUUCGGAUGGGGGGCGAAAAGUUUCGGCGAUUUUUCUAGAGGGUUAAUUUAUUGUUGCGAUGUUAAUGAAUUUAGGGAAGUUGUUGAUAGUGUUCCUGAUAUUGUAGUGAAUGGGAUUUUACGGAGUCCUUAAGAUUUGUUAUUAGUGAGGCUCGGGAAAUGUGUAAAAUGCAUAUAAAGUGCAUAUAAGAGUAAGCUUGUUUUAAAUUGUGUUUUGCUUAAAAAAUCUAAAUGUCUCGAUAAUUAGGGAUUUCUCGAUAUUAUUUAUUUUUCAAAAAAUGUAGAAAAUUUCGUUGUUCAUGAAAAAAUGACAUGAAAACGGUUUUUUUAUUUCGAUUACUUUUCGAGAUAAUUGGAUUUUUUGGAGAGUCGCGCUAGAAAAUUU